GCGAGCGCGUGGAGUGAAGAGCGGAGAGGACUGAGUGCUUCAGCGUUGGCUGAGAGAAAGGGAUCUGGAACAAUUUCCUGGGUCGACCGCCGCCGGGCGCUGCGCGCAGCGGAGCGGAGACGAACUGGUGCCGGAAGUCGAGGAAAAAGAAGUCGGAGAGGACGGUUUUCGUAAGGAAACCAAGCCUUUUUCUCUGACUUCUUGCUGAGCCCUUUUGGAGCCCAACACGCCCGAAAGGAGAACGGGGACACCCCACUGGUGUGUCGACCGGCCCUUCCGGCAGAGACUAAGAAGCUGUUCUUUUGAGACGGCGCAAGCGACAAGGCGAGGCCAAGCGGCGAGACUCAGAAAAAAGAUCUUCCUUCGCCGCAGUUUCGUUGCUCUCUCUGAGAAGAAAACGCGUCAACCGAAAGAACUCGUUUCAACAAAGAACAUUCUCCGACCUUGUCUCUCAAAGCUGUCGCCGAGAUGUCCAGGAGGCACAAUCUCCCGAACGGCUGUGAACGCAUGCAAGGGCAGACGCGAGAGAAGGGAGAGAGAAGCAGAGAGGAAGACAUCAGCAACUUUCAUACAGUUUCACGAAACGAUCUCUUUCGUUUGUUUUUUCUUUGAGGCGGGCGCGGCGUCUCCAGAAUGCGGAGUUUCUCGGAGUCGACUCCGGAGGAAAACACGACGUUAGGCUCCGUCGUCUUCUGCCUUGCGGUCAAAAGUGUGAAGAUCAAGACUCGUCACUUUCUUGGUUGUGAACGGAAGGAAUUUCGUACCGUAAAACGGCCUCCUGAGUAGACAUCCGCCUGAACGUCUCUUCUCUCUGGGGGGGAGAAGGCGACGAAGCUCUUCUCUUCUCCCCCUCCUUUGUCAGCGCGGUGUUCUCUCUUCUUUCUUCGUUGUUUUCCUUUUCUCUUCUCUUCUUCCCUUUCGCGCUUCCUUCGUCCUUUAUUUUCUGCUUGUCUUGUCUCCUUUCCUCUGCAUCUUCUCUCUCAAGAGCGCAACACCCCUUCCUGUUUCCUUUUGUCCGUCGCCCUUGUGUCUCCUGCGUCUGUACACCCCGCUCUCGUCUCUUCCGUCGCUUGAAUCUCUCCUGAAUUCGCUGGGGGUGCCCCAACAAAGAUUCGACGUCAGAUCUGCCCUCACGCCUCUGAAGGAUUUUCUCUCUUCCCUGUCCUCUGCUCCAUCCUCUUCCCUGUCCUCUCCCCAUACCCCCCUCCUUUUUUCGUCGUCGAUUCCAAAAUGACGCCUUCUUCUGGAGUUCCCGCCGCCUCUCAGGCCUCUGUGGACGGCGCCUCUUGUCGACCGCAAAACGAGACCUUUCCGGCGUCUGCCGCGGCGCGGUCUGUCGCGGGCUCUGCGUCUGCAUGCGCGAAGAAGCCUUCGAGUGCAUCGACAGCUGCCAACGCUUCUCUCAGGCAGAAAGGGCACUCCACCGUCUCCUCCAAACAGUCAGGAACUUCGCCUCUCUCUGGAAAACGCGAAACGAAGGGAACCGGACUCGCCCCGUGCAUUGAUGUGCCGGAAUGUGUGGAGAAGGUUUGCCCCGAGCUCUACAGAGAAUCCCUCGCGCUCCGCGAACUGCAGCACGAGAUGGAUGAGGCAGUUGAGCAUCUCGUCACGAAUCUACGAGACGCUUGCUACCCCAGUCUCCACACCAGCAGUCGAAUUGUGCUGCCGACGCUGCUGUCGCGGCGGCGCCUGCGGGUCUUCAUCUACAACACACACGAACACCAGCCGCCGGCGUACUCCGCAUUUGAGCAGCAUGCGCCGCAGCCAGACGCCCUUUCGGCUUCGCUGGCGGCCGCGGCCCUCGCGAAUGCUCAGUCUGCAAGUGCUGAAGGAGGGGGUCCUGAAAAACUCGGCGCGCAAGUCGCGCUCGACGACGGAAAGAAAGGCGCAUGUCCCCCUCCCGUCGAAUCCUCCGAUGUACAUACACCCCCGCCCUCAUGGUGCCUGUACAUCAAAGCCGUCAGCAUGGAGAAGCAAGAUACGGCUGUGAACCACAGCGUUGGAGGUCCCGGAUCGAGCGUUUUCACUCCUCGAUUUUCGUCUUUUUUCUCGCGAGUGAUGAUCCUCACUCCAGAGGAAACGGUCGUCUGGGACAGCCGCACGACCGGUUCGCUCGCAGCUUCGCUCUUCGACGGACUGUCGAUCCACCGCAAAGGCAGCAGGGAGAUGCCUCUGAAAAUUCUCUUCUUCAUCAACUACCGAACGCCCACAUUCAGAUUGAGCGAGCCUCUGUCCGCGUUGUGCGGCGGAAAGCAGCAGAUGUCGCUCUGCGGGGUGCUGCGAGCGAUCUGGACGCACGUGAUGGCGAACGAUCUGCUUCUGUCUGAAGCGAAGAGCGAAAAGACUCCGCUGGACAGCAAGGACUCGAGUCCGUCGGCUGCCUCCGGAGAGGCGAGGAAAUCCGCGACUUCCACAGUAGAUCCUGCAGGCAUUCUCUACGCUCGCACCGACGCAGUGCUGCAAGCGGUUUUCGGGGCGCAUGUCGAGCACUUUUGCUUCGCAGACUUGCCGCGUCUGCUGCGAAGUCAGUUGCUGCCUCCCAGUCCCGUCUGCAUUUCACACCCUCUCAAGCUGCGAGGAGACUGGAUCGACAACGAGCAGGCGUACGAGUUCACACUCGAGUGCCUCGACACCGCCGGCGCAGGCUGGAGCGCCUGCAGCGCCGGUCAGGGCGGCGCGUCGGCCAGCCUGCCGGGCGGGAGCGCCGUGCUCUGGGCGUCAGCGGUGGAGACACUCCUGCAGAACAUGGCGACGAGCUGCUGCGUCCUGGGUCUCGACCCCUGGCUGUCCAGCCAGCAACAGGUCCUGCAGCAGCUGUCCAGCCAGACACAGCUGCAGCAGCUGCAGCUCGCCAGCGCGGCUUGUCUGGCGCCGAAAGCGAACCAGGCGCCGGCGCAGAGACGCGGCCGCGGCGAGGAGCAGACAGAAGACGAGCAGGCGCUGCUGCAACACAUUCUCCGCGUGCAACAACGCAGCGACGAGGUGGAUCAGAAGCUCCGAGAGGAAAUGGAGAAACUCCAGCAAAGAGUCAUGUACUUGAACCUCUACAAAGGAUUCGCAAACAAUCCACUAGCGUUCCUCAACCAGCAGCUGUCGCAGACACUGCCGGACAUCUCCGAGGCGCUUUUGGACGAAGACUUCGUUUACGACUACAACACGCGGCAACGCACAGCUGCCUAUUACACGUCGCCCUGGGUUCCAAGAGCUGUUCAGCGCUACCUGCAAAAGCGAAACGUCUCAUACGAAGACCAAGUGUGCAAGGUGCUGUCUUCCUUCAACAUCCCGGAUCCGAGAAAGCGACAACGCGAGAAUGCGGAUGGAGCCUCAGGAUCUGGUCAAGGCACUGCUGGGUCUGCAGGGGCCUCUUCUCGCCCUGUGAAACCCCGUACGGGGGGCACGGGCCUAGCAAGUGGGGGCGCGAGCAGCAGCCACCGGCCGCGACCUACGGGGGGUACUCGCCAUGUGAAGAAGAAGGAGGAGCCCCAGAUGUCACCGGGAAGCUCCGCUUCUCCCUCGUUUCCUUCUGGCGCCGCGGGCGCAGGUGGCUUUCCUUCCGCUGCAGCAGCUGCAGGUGGACCUGCACACGACGCGCAGAGCUCGGCGGGGGCAGCGACCCCGGAGCCUCCCGCGCUGGGGGUCUCUGGGGACCUCUCUGGGGUUUCAGGCUCUGGCUUCGUCGCCCCUGGCGGGGUCAAGCCGCCGGCGCACUUGGGGCCUCCUCCUUCGCAGUUCGCGGUGACUCCAGUGAUGCCAGGGGGUGUGUCCCAGGGGCUCCAGACCCCCGGGGUAGCGGGGCCCCACGGGCCAGGAAACCCCGCGAGGCCCGCGGGACCCUACCACCAGACUGUGGGGCGGGUGGAGACAGGAAGAAGGCCCCCUAUGGGGAUGGGCGUCCCAGGGGUCUACACGCACGGGCCGAUGGGCGGCGGCAUUCCGAUGCAAAUGAUGCAGCCACAACACGGUCUCAUGGCGGGUGGGGGCAUGGGUGCCUCGUGGACCCCAGCGGGUCCCCAGGGGCAGGGUAUGCCGCCCCACAUGGGUCCAGGCCAGUUCUGGACCGGCGCCGGCAUGCAUCCUGGGGCCCCGGACCUGAUGAGGCCAGGCGGACACAUGGGGUAGGAAGGGAACUCAGGACGGGAGACUUCCGAAUUCAGCCUUUUCGAACUUGCAGACGCGUUCCAACGUGCAAGCAGUUCUGUGAGGUCUGUUCCUAGGAAAGGGAGUGGCGUUGUGCGUGUCCGAGCGGUCCAAAAGCAAAUUGAGUCUGGUCGGGUGCAGGCGGGGUCUUAAGGAUGAAGCGAGAGUGAAAGAGCGAUUCGCAGAGACGCGGAUCCGAGGGUAACGCGACCGAGACAGGGGGGUACACCCCGUACGAAGGCGUGUGGGAUCUCUGCUGCGAUGAGUGCGGGGCAGUUUUGAGGGAGGCAGGCUACGUUCUGAGACCCGCGAGAGAGGCGACACAAAGACUGCGAAAGAGUGAACGUGCCAAGCGCCUCUGAGUGCGACUCACAACUACGCGUGUUUGCUGGAGUUUCUCUGGAUACAUCUGCGUGUUUGUCGUGUUACAUUUGGCAGCUCGACGCCUUUCAAAUCGGGCACAGCGGGAAAAUGACGUGAACGGCAAAUCGUGAACCCACAACCGACAGCCGAAGUUUCGUGGCAAAGACUUUCCCUUUUUCCAGGGAAAU